GGUCAGUUAAAAUGAGUCCUAGUUGGAGAUAUUUUGCUGUCGUCAAUAUUUUCUUCAGUUUUGCUGCUGUGAAGGCAUCACCAGAACUUCGAAAUAACAGAUAUCUAGACUUGCCUGUAACAUCUAGCAGUGAAGACUACGCGGAUUCCCAUGAAGCGAACGUUGUUGAUCGGAACCCAGACUACUAUCAUUUCCGCCCAAACUUUCUACCCUCGAGCGAUGGCAGCUUCGCAUUCAAAAACCAUCCACAGAUUGAAGAUACACCGGAAAACAAAAUGGCUAUGGAACUUCAAAAAAGAAUUUCAAAAUUCGUUAUCAGUCCUCAAUCCAGAAGGUGGAAAGAAAUGUUUGGUGGGAUGCCAAAUGGCAAUAUGCUACUGAAUCCCAAUCGGGAGUUCAUAUAUAACGGGCAGAGGAUUCGACCUAUUUUAAGAAAGGAUUUCAUUGAUGGAAGUUUCCAGAUAUCUUAUCCUCCAGGAAGGAAAAGGCCAUAUUAUUAUUCCGAGCCUGAAGGCUCUGAAUUUUUAGGUGGGCCUGGUAAGUAAGGACGAAAAUCAGGUUAGACUAGAUGAAAAACGUGCUACUGUUUUAAAAAUACUAUAAGCUGUUGAAAAUGAUGCACAUAUGAACGACUAAUGUAUUAUAUCCAUGUCCUGUGAAGUAUUAUUUAUUAAUAUAAUACAUGAGAGAUAAAUAAAACAUUUCUUAUGAA